UGAAAAAAGGGAAGUGAAGAGAAGCCAUAUCGAAAUUGCUUAUACUUGAAGGGAUCUCCGUACAUUUUACCCUUCUGUUACUACUCGGUGGCUCCCCCUCCGUCGAUCGAUACGAACUUUCUUGAUCCAACGGCCGUACCAUUGCCACGUCAUCUACCUCCCACUAAGCUCCUCCGAGAUCACCCACCUCUAAAAUGCUUUUCGACGAUCCAAAAAUUCUUAGAGAGAGAAAGAAGAGAGAGAGAGAGCGCUUCUCCUUAUCAUUAGAAGGGGAAGGAGAGAUUUUGGGAAUUUAAUCAAUUUGAGGGGCUUGUGAGCAAAAAAAAAAGAAAAAAAAUGCCACUUUGGGGAUUCGGAAUUGCGCCAUGGUUCAAAAGGAAGGUCGCGGAUCCACUCCUCCAAAUUCUGAAAAGGGGAGCAGAACCGAAGCAAUUGGCAUUUUCGACAGCGCUGGGCUUGACAUUAGGAUUGUUCCCGAUAUGCGGGGUGACCGUAUUUCUCUGUGUGAUGGCCAUCGCUGUUCUAAGACAUCGUUGUCAUGCUCCAACUGUAAUGCUUGCUAACUUUGUUGCUACCCCAGUCGAGUUAAGUUUGGUGAUACCGUUCUUGCGCUUGGGCGAAGCUAUUUCUCACGGCCCUCACUUUCCGUUAACGUCUGAUGCAUUGAGAAAGGUUGUGUUCGGAGAGGCCUCAAGAGAAGUUCUAGUCGCUGUAUUCCAUGCGUUGCUUGGUUGGACCGUUGCCGCACCGUUCGUCCUCGGAUCUCUCUAUUUAGUGCUCAUUCCAUGCUUCAAAUUUUUGGUCCGCAAGUUCCGACCUAAUCCUUCAACCCGCGACGAGCCGCUCAUCCGCAACGCGGAGACCACGAUCAAGGUAAGGGACCUUUAGUUCUUCUCCCGUUCGGUCCGGUUAUUGCUUUUUGCAUAAGUGCUUUUUGAGAAUAGCUGUUCAAACAUGUGUUUUGCGCCUCUGUGGAAAACCAUUGUUUUUCCUCGACACUCGUAACAUGUAUUUUUCAAUUCGUAACAUAACUCUUUGUAUAGUUUUCCUUUUUCUUUUUCUUUUUUUUAGCUUCCUAAAUCAGUUGGAAUUAUGUCUCAAUGUAGAGCUUAGAAUAUGGAGUUGAAUGUAUUUUGUAUUAAAAUGGUAA